AUGCCCUCGCCGCCAGCAGCCAAAAGGCGCCGCGUAGACUCCCUCGGCAUCCACAAACCCUUCGUCUCGCCAUUAAAGCGUAAUCCCACAGCCACCACCGACCAAGCAACAACCACCACAACUUCAAAACCAUCCAUACGAGCAACAGAAAUUAUACAAGCACAACACCAUCUCCGCGCUCUCGAAUCCCAAGUCCGCAGCCUGCGCAGUCAAAACUCUGUUCUCCAACAAGCUCUGGAUAUCCCUGUCCCCCACUCAUCCUCGCAACAAACACCACGUCUAGUGCGUCUAGAACAAAAAUGGCGCAAAGCAAGUCAACAAGCAGCCGAAGAGGUCUUUUCCUCGUUUUCACAGAACAUAAAAGAUAACGGGGGCUACACUGCCUUCCUCAAACAACAACAAAGCAAUCAAGCCAGAAACUUCUUUGACGAUGGGGAGCAAGAAGUAGGAGAUGAGGAAAAUGAAGAAGAGUGGAGAGAUGAAGAUGGGGAUUGUUUGACGCAAAGAGGGAAAAGACAACGUAGAGAAGAGAUUGACGCUAAGAAACAAGGGAAAGAGGUUGAGGCUGAAGAGGAAGAGGAAGAAGAAGAAGAGGAGUUGACAUUGGGGAGUAUGUUGCACGUCUUGAACAUCCCUUUUGAGGAUAUCGGGUGGGAUGCUGAGACUCAGGCGUGGAAGUGA